GGCCAUUUUAAUUAUGUAGGCAGCUUUAAUUAUUUUGCCUUAAUUGUAUUAGCUUUAACCCUAACUUUUAGAAUUAAUGAAUUUGCCCUUUUGUCUUGUUUUAUUUAUUAUAGGAACUAAUAAAUCUGCCUUUGCCUGCCUUGGCUUUUGAAUUAAGCAUCAGGUUUCAACUUCCAUAAUUUAGUCUGAUAUGGCCAACGAUAAUACUAUUUGUUGUUACAGUAUUUCCUUUUAGGCUUCUGGGGAAUUGUUUAAGUGCAUGUGCAUUCUAACCCCUAUCUGCAGUAUAAUGGAUAGGAAAAAAUAAAUAUGGAAACUGUCCAAGAGUAACAGAUAAUGUUUGGGAUGGUACAUAUGAUGCAGUCUUUUUUACUAUAUGCUGGCUGGACAUUGAAGAAUAAUUAAGCCACUUAUCUGGAAUAUUCCCCUAAUAUUUUCAGAAGUGUUCUUGAAUAAAUAAUUUCCACAAAGUCAUUAGAGUGUGUGGUGAAAAUAUCCCAGAAUGCCAGAUGGUUGGGUGGUUAUAUUAUUUUCUUGCUUCCAUUUUUAACUAGGGGCUAUGUGAAACCCAUGACUGGAAGCCAUUGUCAGAUUGUUAUAAAAUAAUUUUUUUGAAAUGCUAAAAAAAUGUAUUGAUGUUUUUAAAACCUAAAUAAGCGCCAAUGAUUGCAGAUUCUCUUGUAUUUGUGGAACAAGUUCCAAGUUUUUUUAAAGGGGUUGUUCUCUCCAUCACCAUUAAUGCUAAGAGUGUAAAGGAAAUGAAUAUAUUUUAAAUGUACAUCUGUUCAUUGUUCAACAAACUAACUGCAUCUUUCAGUGAUUUAUUUAUUUUUUUCUUUUUCUUUUAAGUGCACUCUUGAUUUUGCAGAGCACUGUAUGAAAUGUAAGCACCAUUUAAUAAUGAAAUUGCAGAGACUGAUGCAAGAAGUGUUAUUUAUAUUUUUCCUGAAGGGAAAAAGCAUCUAAAACUGUUGUACAUACUUAAACUGUUUCUUUAAUUGUAUCAUUUAAUGUGUUUUGGGGGGCAUUAGCAAUGGGCCUUGAGAAUCUAAUGAAAGGGAUGCGUCCGUGAUCAAAUAAAAUAAACCUCAAUUUCCUUGACUCGGCUCUCAAGUGUUUGAUUGUUUUUUGGAAAAUAUUUAGUAUCUUUUCAAAUUAGAAAGUCCUUCCACUCAGCCCGAGCAAUAAUUCCACAGAAAGACUUCCGCAGCUUUCCACAGAACAGGCAGUCAUUUUUAUAGCCCCCUCCCUUGUGUGUUUGUUGACCUUUGAAUAUUUUGUCUGAUACGAAACGAUACUGUCUUCACCUAACGUUACUAACAUGACCGUAGUAUUGCCAUAUCUUAUAACAGUUUACCUAAUCUAGAUCUAUAUUGAGUUCUCCAGUCAGCGACGACGGUUGUGAAAAGGUGAAAUUGAGCUCUCCUCUUAUAAUGAGUAUUGUACACAGGACUGUAUCGAUAUUAGCCUAAAGUCUUCGAGAUGGCGAUGGGUAAAAGAUUUAACGUGCUGCCAUUAAAACAGCGGUUAGUUACCUUGUUCAUACUGAUUCCCUUUCUAGUGAGUAUUAUCUCGUAACUUCCCGCACGCACGCACGCUUCCACUGAGAUCCUCCCACUUCAAGUUCUCACACUCCUGCCGCUUCUGCGAGCAAACCGCGGGUGAACUCUGUUGUGUUCUAAAACUCAGCUCUCACAACUUUGACGUGUUUAGUUUUCAUCGAAAAUAAUGUAAGGAAACCCAUAGCUUAUUCUUGAGGCGUUAAGGCUGCGAACACUUUCCACAGCAGAUCUAAUUGCUAAUGGAGAAACUGCUGAGCCAUUACUUAUCCAGAAUCUCCUGAGCUCUAUCAUGUCAGUCUGGCUUUUGUGUGCUUUGCUUUUUUCUCUGAUUGGCCAAACAGAACAGGAUGGACACCCAGUUCCAAUAGAAGGGGUCAAAGUGGAUUCAGAAGAAUCCUAUUGUGCACCAUCUGAUUGUGGUGCAUGGGUGUUGAAGGUUGCAUGGAGAGAUAAAUUUGCCGAAAAGAAUGAAUCCGAGAAAGUCAGCUACGACAUAGAAGUAAUUCAUACUGAACAGAUGAGGACUGUUCACUUUGAAACUAUACAUGUGAUGCAAGACAAAACAUCCUACUAUCAUUGGAAAUGGACUUCACCUAUACCAUUGCAGUGCACUUCCCAUUCAGUCAGACUUAGGCGACAUAAUAAGCAACACAUUGGUGAAUGGACACCAUUAUACACACACAAAGGACGAGAUCUAAAUGCUGCAACAACAACUGUCUAUCCUCACGAUCAAGUUUUCAUGGUUGGGAGUAACAUCACGUUCUGUUGCAUCGUGGAAACAGAUAAGCGUCCUUUAUCUGUAUUUCUCAUUCGCAUCAGCAACAGGACAUACAUCACAAAACCACUUCUAUUUGAAAAGCCUUCUAUGCCCAACAUACACUGUGAUGUUGAGGGAAACCCUUCUGGCUCUACAAUGUUUAUUGGCUAUCCCCCAGAUGACCAGAAUUUGACAUGUAUAACACGGAAUCUCAGCUCUUUGGAGUGUCACUGGGAAAAGGGUCGAAACACCUAUCUGACUGUUAAUAGAAAGACGAACUAUACACUUAAUGGAAGAGUUUGUGAAUUUGGUAAAUGUGUCAUACAUGCAGUGAAAAAGCAGGUGACAAACUGCACCCUGGUUGCCAGAAAUCCUCUUGGUGUAAAGACUCUCACUGAUACAGCUGAUCCUACACACCGAGUAUGGUUGAUAGCACCAAGUGAAAUAUCCAGUAAUGCUCAUGCAAGAAAAGUCACUAUUCACUGGCGUUGGAACGAGGCAACCUAUGCUUCGUUUCCAAUGAUUUGUCAAGUGAAGCUCAAUGGAAGGAUUUAUAAUAAAACCUUCAAUGGAGAGGGACUUUCAUCAGCUGUACUUAUAAACCUGCAGCCCUUUAAUACAUACACAGCUCAAGUACAGUGCGGUUCUUAUGAGCACUUCUACAAAUGGGGCGACUGGAGUGAAAUUACUAAGUUCUCCACUAAAGAGGACAUUCCAGAAGCACUAGAUGUUUGGAUUCAUUAUUCUGAACAAACUACAUCUGUCUUGUGGAAGCCUCUAACUCAACAACAAAGCCAUGGGAUGAUUACAGGAUAUGAAAUUACCAUUGGAAAAAUGAAAAAAGAACUAAAAACACAGCUGUGCUAUACCAUCACUGGGAUUGAAAAAAGUGAUAGAAUCAUUACAGUCUCAGCUAAUAACUCUGCCGGUCGUUCUCCUCCUUCUACCAUCAUCGUCCCGAGUUAUCCUGGUGAGAUUCAGAAUGCAGUUUUUAAUUGGUUGAAAAGGCUGUGUUUGAAUGAAGUUUCUUUAAAUCUUUUCACAGAAAAUGAAGUCGACGUAGGCCGUAUCAACAGCAGUAAUGGUGGCUUGGAAAUGUCUUGGGAAGAAUACCCCAGUUCUACCUGUGGCUAUGUUGUUGAAUGGUUUCCAACAUACAAAAAGACGCAAUGUGCUGUAGCAUGGGAGAAGAUCCCAAAAUGUGACAGUGGUGCCUAUGACACCUGGAAUCGAUCUGGUAUUUUUGAGGAAGGAGUGAGAUACACUGUCUCUGUCUACGCCUGCACAGAUGAUUCACCAAAGCUUCUCAAGAGGAGUGAAGGUUAUGCUAUAGAGAAAAAACCGGGAAAAGUUGAGAAUUUGAAAGGUAAAAAUAAAGGAAUAAAUGUUGAGCUUUCCUGGGAUGGAGUUCCAUUAGAACAGCAAAACGGCUUCAUACGAGGCUACAAGAUCAUAACAUUGCUUUCUGGUUCUGAAACGGCAGAAAGCCAUAUUAACACGGCAUGGACAGAGGUGUCUAAAGUUAAUUUGAAAUUAGAUCCAGGCUUCUAUACCUUCCGUGUUAGUGCCAUUACAUCUGGAGGGGAAGGUGACUAUGCUACACACAAAAUGAACGUAGAAACCAUUGACCAGAUGAUUUCAGCCACUAUUGUGGUUUGCAGUACAGUAACGCUUAUCUUCAUGAUCAUCACAGUUCUUUGCUACAGGAAACGGAAAUGGUUAAAGAAAGUUUUCUGUCCAGAUAUUCCUGAACCAAAACUUGCAGGGAAAUGGAUGACAAAGGGCAUUAAUUGUACCGAGAUGACCGAGGGGUACAUGAAGUGUGAGAUCCAAGAGGUCCACGGUUUAGAGCAUCCUUCGAUCUCAGAAAGUCUACAUGGCCAUGACCUCAUCAGCUCGAACUCCAGAGUGGUUCCUGCACAACAUUUCAACCAGAACAUUUCUAAAUCUCCAGUUGAUGUGUCAUAUUGUCCUCUGGAGAAGCUUACAUCAAUUAUUGAGAACGCUUCUUAUAAUUUGACCAUACCAGAACCAGAUGGUGUUGCUCAGAAGUCCGAUCUUACACUGGAAAUGCAGGAUGCUUACCUCCCAGUCCCUAACGUUGUUCAAAAUAAUUUUGCUGGCAAAGUAUCAGAAGGCUACAAGCCCCAGACAGCAUAUCUUACAGAUGCUUAGCUCCAGUAGAUAAACCUCAGUGUCGUGUCUUGGCAUGCACACUAUGUAUAUACAAAUUAUGCCAAUGUAAAUACCAGUGAAUUCAUGUUAUUUAUACUGUACUGUUUUCUCAGCACUGUCUCUUGUAAAAUAAGUAGUGAACUGAAUUUGUUUUAAACACUGUGAUGAAAAAAAAAAGCUGUGACCACCUUUAGAA